CUUUGAUCCAGUCUUCCAUUCUUACCGUCGUUUCCAGAAAUGCGUAUUCUCUCUUCUCACAGCCUCGUGCUGCUUUGGGCUUCUCUUUCUUUUUUAGCACAAGGAUUGACCAUUCCUAACGAGCAUCGCGAAGUCCUAGGGCUGCCUCUGAUCGAUCACACGACGCCGGACAACCAUGAGAUCUUCCAAGGGGAGCAUGUAGCCGACGAAAAGCCUAGAAGUGAGCACCAUAUGCUCUUAGAGGCCCGCCGUGGACGUGGUGGACGUGGUGGCUCCAGACCGUCGAGACCAAAGCCUUCGCGUAGGAGAAAACCUACGAAGACGAGGACAAAUACCCCUAAGCCUACGCCGUCCAAGUCGUCGUCCAAGAAGCCUACAUCGAAGCCAACGUCGAAGACAGUGUCCAAGUCGGCGUCGAGGUCGACAAAGAACGUUUGGCCCACCCCAGCAGUUUCUCGUCCUACCACGGCAAUCGACCCCUGUUAUCUCUUCAUCGACUGCAGUACUGAUGAAGCUGCACUGGAAGACGUUGGUGCGGUAAAGGUAGCCAAGAGGGCUGGGAAUUACGCCAUCGAUAUGCACAUCACGGAUGCUCCAACACCAACGGAGACUGCUGCGGUGGAGCAUCAUGAGAAACGUGACAUUCGGACCCAAAAGCCCAAGAUGGGCACUGCUGGGACCCUGGUAAUUAAAAAUUUGGACUAUCCAGGAUCAGGGAAACUCUUCAGUGGCCGCACACCAGCCCAUCAUGCUUUCCAAUUUGUUGACAACAGUAUUAAAGAUGCCAGAGUCAAGGACUUGAGGAAGGCGCCUGCGAACACUAUAGACUUUGCUACCGAGCAUAUCGUGGAGCUCCAAACCCUAGGAAAGUUUCUGGAAAGCGUUGCGAAGAAGAACAGUGCACUUGCAAAGUUCCUCUUGAAUACUUGGAACACCAAACUCUCCGUUAAACAGAUCAAAGCUAGGACGAACAAGCCGACAUACGGUCUUGCGAAGCUACCCCAAAACUCUGGAAAUACCUUGAAUGACCUAGUCUUCAAUGCAUUCGGCUCGAACACCCAGUUGGAAGAUUUCGUCCUCUGCGACGACAAGAUCAACUCGUACAAGGCUCGGAUCUGGAGCGGGAAAGCGCCAAUGUCCGCUACCAACUUCAAAACGCUUGUGACGAAGAGCUUGAACGGAAAGCUGCCUUCGAACGGAUACUUGACUGCACUCAAGAUGGUCUUUGGCGUGUUCGAUUACAUGGACCAGACAGUAGUGACGACGAACAUGCGCCGCGUCAUCGCCAACGUCGGCAAAGAACUCGCCAACGUAGAACUCAUGUUCGACAAGGCCAACCUACCCGCCAAUGUCCCCGCAGCAAGCGUCUUCCCUGCAGGUGCCGACCUCCAGAAAGAAUGGACCGCGUACAUGAAGGCGCACCUCAGCACCAUCUCUACCAAAGCGCAGACCUGGGCUAAUACCCAGAUCACGCACGCCCUGACCGAGCUCAAGAAGGAGAUCAUUGUCCUGGAGCAGACGAUGAAGAAACUCCAGGCUCUGGAGAAGAAAGCUACCCCAGCGUACAAGAAGAACAAACAAGCCGCGGUGAAGAGGUUGACGACCCAGAUCGUCAAACAUAAGCGGGAGGUUGCGGCUAUCGCGAAGAAGAUCGUGCUGCUCGAGAACCAGAGGAAGGCGACGCCGACCACUGCGCUCACCAAACAGAUCAAGGCGCAGAAGAAAGCUUGGCAGCGGAAGGUUGAGGCUCAGGCUGGCGCGGAGAGGCAGAGGGCGAUGCUGUAUUCUACCAGCGUCAAGAAGGUCAUCGCGGGACUUAAGCAGGAUGAGAUCAUUCUCAAGGCAUACAAGGCUCAGGUUACGUCGGAUCUUGUGAUGCCGACGCCUUAGGAAGUGG